UGCUGGUUUUGCCUCCAGAGCCGAGGUAACACUACCCAGCUUCACAUUCCCCAGCAGCUGAGAACCAACACACAGGGACUCUGCUUAUGUCUUAAGGAGCUGCGGUGUUUAUUCAUGGACAAACUGAAGCCUGCGCUGUACAUUUACACGGAAAAUCCUGGAGCUUUCUUCGUGGAUAAACCGCACACCACACCACUGCGCACGCACCCUGAUGGCCACACAACAAAACUGCUCAUCUAAACCAGAGGGCAUCUCAUCCCCAGAGCAUCAGGACGCGUUUAACCACAAGAGAGGAAUAAAUAAUCAUCUGGCACAUUUUUCCCUGUGUCGCAGUCGAUCCCAGAGCAGCUGCAUGUUAUGUUAAAGUGUCAGGGCUGAAAUAGCUCCGGGCAGCCGCCGGAUCGACUGUUUCAUUUGCGCAGCUGCAUAUCCCACUUUUGUAAAACUGACCGGGGCUGCAGCAUCAACACUAAAGUACCAGCUGCUUUUACCGCAUCCUCUGGCACUCUCCUCCGGCUGCUGCUGCGUGUUACUGCGCCCCGGUGCAAAGGAGCAUCGAGGAGACAAAGAGAGGAGACAACGCAAUGAUUGCAGAGGGGUUUUAAUCGUGGAGACAAGGAACAGAGGACCGUGGGGAAACGGGCUUGUUGUUAAGGCUACAGCGGUGUUCAGAGCUGCGCAGUGGUAGUGGAGGUUGGUCAUGGUCGGACGGGGACUGUGGGUAUGUAAACCCCGGUUUGGAAAGCGAGGUAGCAGGCUUGGUGCUUUGCCGUAUCUGUGCGUGGCGGUAGCGAGCGCAGCCCUGCUGGCUCUGCUCUUCGUGGACUUCAUCGAGUUAUGGGUCACCUCUAUGGGCAUGAACACGGUGGUGGAGCCGCACGCAGGCAUCAUCCCCCCGCAGAGCGUCCCCCCCACCAGACCCGAGGAGUUCCUGCUCAUGCCCAGCCCGCUCGUGUGCCAGCGUGCCAAGCCCUACCUCAUCACCAUGGUUACCUCGGCUCCUGCCAACCAGAGGGCCCGUCAAGCCAUCAGGGACACCUGGGGAGGGGAGGUGGAGGUGAGGGGCCUGCGGGUCAUGACCCUCUUCAUGGUGGGUGUGGCCUCUGACCCCGGACUGGCCAAGCUGCUGAUAGAGGAGGCCAGGGAGCGAGGUGACCUGAUUCAGGGGCGUUUCCUGGACACCUACUCCAACCUCACCCUGAAAACGCUGUCCAUGCUGGGCUGGGCCCGCCGGUUCUGCCCUCAGGCUCACUUCAUGGCCAAAGUGGACGAUGAUGUCCUGUUCAACCCCAGCGCCCUUCUGCACUUCCUGAACAAGAGCCGUAACCCCUACGAACAAGGAGACCUGUACCUUGGCAGGGUGCAUCUCCAUGUGGCUCCGGACCGUGACCCGGAGAGCAAGCACUACCUCCCCUCAGGGGCCUAUCCGCCUUCUGUCUUUCCAGACUAUUGCAGUGGUACAGCUUAUGUUCUGUCCCGCUCUGCAUUGCUCAAGAUUUCCCUGGCAGCCUCUGCAUCACCUUUAUCCACCCCGCUGCCCCCUGAGGAUGUGUUUGUCGGUCUGUGUGCCCGGACAGCUGGAGUGCUGCCCUCGCACUGCCCGCUCUUCUCUGGAGGCCCAGCUGUGCCGUACGGACGCUGCUGCUACCAGGCCAUGGUGUCCAUCCACCAGAUCCCACCUAGGGAGAUGCUGCACUACUGGGCUGAUGUCCACACAUCACAGCCCUGCUCCUGGCUGGGUCUACGUGCUUCUCUGGGGCUCUGCAAAGUCCGGGCGAUGCUGGGGUCAGCUCUGGGGCUGGAGCAAGGGUUGUGAGGGUCAAUAAGAAGGAAGACUGGACUCACUGGGGCUGUGCCUCACUUCAAUACUGUGAACAGCACAAGUGCUCUUCAGGCUGUGAAAUGUCACCUUAUUUUUAUAGCUGUAUUUUUUUAAACCCUAUGAUGUAAUUAACUGGCUUUUUUUUUUGCAGAAAAGAGGAUGAUCAGCUGGUUGUAUGAAGAAUUGUCACAGUAGUAUUUAAGCUAUCUUUAGACUUACAACACCCUUCAUUAGUACACUGACACAUAUUGUAGACGUAGAACAGGCAACACUGGCAUGCUGAUAGUACACAGUAAGGAAAUACAGCUGCUUAUGUGAUGAAUGCACAUUGGAACAAGUAUUUCUAUCAACAAAGUCUGACAUCUAUAGGCUGCUACCCUCACAUAUAGAUAUAUAUAUAACACCUUACUAUUACCAGGUACUUCAAGUGUAGAUGUUAGUCUAUUAAGAUGCCUAAAUGCAUGAUGCUCCAAACAAUUGUACAAUAGAUAUCAAACCACAGGCUUCAAAUACCAAGUAGGAAGGAAAUAAUACGAAUAUUUGCUAAAACCUUUAUGUUAAAACAGAAAAAUAAUCAUCUCAGUACAUGAAUAUAAAUAUUCUGUUUUUCAGUAGUAGUAAUAAUGACAUGAUGAUAUGUGCAUCCUAGCAUUAACUUGACAGCUGAAACUGGAGACAGUAAGAUGUGUUCAGUUUUGUGAACAGACAGCAGAGGAGUUUAAUCGUUUGUCUUUGGAGGCUCUGCUGCCUCGCAUCAGCUGCGAUCGGAAAUAUAACCACGAGACUGACGUGACACACAGCUAUUAUCCCACUGAACUGUAGUAUUUAUUACCUUUCUCUGUAAUAGAGAGAUUAGACAUUUAAGUAGAGCGUUAAUGACAGCUUUGCGGCGGUGUGUUUGGUCUGAGUAUAUUUUAAAAGACAGUUUACAAUGUGUCAGGAUGAAGCCUCAGGCUGUCUUACCCCGCCCACAAUGUAAACAAAGAGAAAGAUGGUGUGUUUGCACUCAGGAAACAUGUGUUUGAAUGGAAUACUGUCACCAAUAAACCGCUGUGUAUCUUA